UGUAUGUGAAAUGGUUUGAUACAGUAAUGUUUUACUAUGUUAUUUUAGUGAAUUUGGUGAAUGUCACUUUUUGUCAUUUUCAAAUUUCCCGCCACUCCAUCCCGUACGUCCCGAUGCUCGCAGGGAACGGAACCCAGAAGACAGAUGCCGGCAUCCGUCAGAGGACAUUACAGGGGACACUGCAGGAGGGACAUUGCGGGAGCGCAGGACAAGGUAAGAGAAGAACAGAUCCCGGAGCAGAGCCGCAUGGUAAGCCCGAGUGUAGCUCGGGGUUACUGCUUGUGCUACACUCGGGAAAACCACCAGGGAGGCUA